CUACGACUGACAGAAAUGUAACAUCUGUCAAAAUUUUUCACUAUCAACUACUGAAACCAUUUUUUUACUCCAUCAAAAAUGACCUGCAAUAAGCCAAUCAACAAAAACAACCGGUGUAUGAAAAGCAUCUUUGCUAGAUAUAUAUAUGAUUCCAGAGGAAACCCUACUGUUGAAGUGGACUUGUUAACGGACUUGGGGCUUUUCAGAGCAUCAGUACCUUCAGGAGCUAGCACAGGAAUCCAUGAAGCAUUGGAGCUCCGGGAUGAGUCGCCAAAUGAUCACCAUGGCAAAGGCGUUAACCAAGCUGUCGAGAACAUAAACUCCAUUAUCGCCCCAGCUCUCCUGCAAGAAGAUUUAGACGUCACGGAACAGGAAAAAGUUGACGACUUCAUGCUAAAACUCGACGGAACCGAAAACAAAAGUAAACUAGGCGCCAACGCUAUUCUAGGAGUUUCUCUAGUAGUCUGCAAGGCCGGAGCUGCUAAAAGGGGAUUACCACUGUAUAGGCACAUCGCUGAUUUGGCUGGUAACAAAAAUAUCAUCCUGCCUGUGCCUGCUUUCAAUGUCAUCAACGGAGGAUCCCAUGCUGGUAAUAAGUUGGCCAUGCAGGAAUUCAUGAUCCUCCCUACUGGUGCCACUUCUUUCUCAGAAGCGAUGAAAAUGGGUAGUGAAACCUACCAUCACCUGAAAAAAGUCAUCAAGGAAAAAUAUGGAUUAGACGCCACGGCUGUGGGGGAUGAAGGGGGUUUCGCUCCGAAUAUACAGAAUAAUAAAGAUGCAUUGAAUCUCAUUAAAGAUGCCAUUGCGAAAGCUGGAUAUACGGGCAGAAUUGAGAUCGGAAUGGAUGUUGCCGCUUCAGAGUUUUUUAAAGAUGGGCUGUAUGAUUUGGAUUUCAAGAACCCUAAGUCUGACAAAAAAAAUUGGAUAAAAUCCGACAAACUUACCCAAAUGUACGAGGAGUUCAUCAAAGAGUUUCCGAUUGUCUCGAUUGAAGAUCCUUUCGACCAAGAUGACUGGGACGCUUGGACUAACAUGGCGGCGAAAACGAGCAUCCAAAUCGUUGGAGACGAUCUGACUGUUACUAAUCCAAAAAGAAUACAAACAGCGAUAGACAAAAAAGCGUGCAAUUGUCUGCUUCUGAAAGUCAACCAAAUUGGUACAGUCUCAGAAUCAAUAAAAGCUCAUCUCUUGGCGAAAUCCAACGGUUGGGGCACCAUGGUAUCUCACCGGUCUGGUGAGACAGAGGACACCUUCAUUGCCGAUCUAGUGGUGGGACUUUCUACAGGGCAAAUAAAGACUGGAGCACCCUGUAGAUCCGAGCGAUUGGCCAAGUAUAACCAAAUGCUGAGAAUUAACGAAGAACUUUGUUCAAGUGCUAAGUAUGCGGGUCAGGCUUUCAGAAAACCUCAGUGAUUUUUCAAUAUGCAUGGUAUACAUACGUUUUUGUAGCUCAAUAAAUAUAUCUAUUUUUCCAUAUUCAA